AUGUUAACAUCAGAAUUACAUCUUCAAGGUAUGAAACCUGAGUUGGUCAACUGUGGAUCAAAGUUGAAAGGUGUGAAGUCUGAGCCCACAUAUGUCCAGACAAUGAAGGAUACAGGGAUCAAUCAUAGUGCUGAAUCACAGUUUGUGGGAUUCUCUAAGCAGGCCUCGGACUCAAAGGUUUAUAGCCUGGUGCCUUCUGAAUUCAAUGCCAGAAACCAGAAGCAAUAUCGGAAGUCUCAUAAGUUAAAUCAAAAGCAACUACUUCAAAAAAUAAAACAGAUAGCUUUCAAACAGGAACCACAUUUGCAACAAAUCAAGUCAUCAGAAUUAUGUACAAAGCUUCAAGACCUGGAAUCUAUGGAAUUCAAUUCAGAGCAACAGUUGCAAGAUGUGAUGUCCUCUGAGUUGGGCCUGGGAACAAGUCCUCAGUCUUUAGAGUUCAACCCUGGGCCACAGUUGCAAGAGAUAAAACCUUGCGAGGGGUGCACAGAAACCAAGCUGCCAGAUGAGCCAUCUCUGGAAUUCAAGCAUAAGCCUAGACUGCAAUCUUGCUUUGCACCAGAGCCAUGUUUUCAAGAUGUAAAGCCUGUGCCACUGAGGCUGGGCUCCCAACAGCCAAGCCUGGGUCGCCAACAGUUUCCUCUAAAUGACAAACUAAUGGUACCAACAGCAGAGUCCACCGGGGAAUUCUUAGCAGGACCAGCACUGACUAGUGUCAAAUUUUCAAAUUUGAUUCCAGAAUCAUAGCAACAGUGUAUGAAAUUGACAGAAUUUUCUUCAGAGUCAUAGUGACAAAGUGUAAAACAUGUAACAUUGUCAUCAGUGUCUCUGCCACAAACUGGAACCUCGGUGGGGUUAUCACCAAGACCAUUCCUUCAAAAUGUGACAUCUGAGAACCAAAAUCCCCAAACACGAGAUCAAAUCAUAGAAUCCUCUCAAGUGAUAUAUAGACCAGACCAGUUGGCAGACUAUACUGAGAAGAUGAGGCGCCAAUUCUCUAAAUUGGUGGAUUUCAUUUCACUACCAGAUCGUCAAGAUGCGGGAUCUUCAGAAAUGACAAAAGGGUUGAGACAUAAAAGCCUAGAAACAAUAGAGAAAUCUAUGAGGUUGACCCCCAAACCAACAGAUAAAGUCAUAGAAUCAUUAGUGAGGCCUCAGACCUGGUGUGGGAUAACCCCAGGACAGGGACCUCAGAUUCCUGAGUCUGUAAGUUUGACCUCAAAGCCAUGGCUGAAAAUAGAAGAAUCCUUAGAGUUGUUAAUCCAGCAAGCCAGUUAAGUUGUGGGAGAUAUAGACUCUGAGGAGCUCACUUUUGAGUCAUGGCAGCCAGGGGAGGUAGCAGGUAGGCUAACAAAGCCCCAGGAUGUAAGCAUGGGAACUUCAAACAUAACUCCAAUAAAAUCACUAGAUGAAAUUAUAAACUUUGUAAUGGACAAACAUGCUGAUUUGACUCCCAAACUGCAUGGAGUAAUAUUGGCAGAAUUUGCUUCAAGUCUUUGGCUAAAAAAUGUGCAGUCUAAGAAAUUAAUCACAGUGUGAACACAUUAAGUUUUAGAAAUAGAGUUGCUGGGCUUUCAAGUUAUAAAGACUAUAUUAGUUCCCAUACCACUGCUUCUGAUGGUAAAAUCUGAAGAUCUGGCUCCAGGACCAAAUCCCCAGGCUAUAGAACCAAUAGGAGUUGCCACAAAACCUAGCAUUAAAAUAAAACUAAAGAAUGGUUUGAAUUUACUCCCAAGACCACAUCUUCAAGACAUGCUAAAACCUACAGAACAAACUCCAAUUCAAGAGAAUUUUGCAGAAUUAAUUUUACAGCAAACAUCUCCACUUAAGGAAACUCAAGAGCAAAGGCUUCAGGCUGAAAAAUCUCUAGGGAUCAAAAUAUCUCCUAAAGUAAUGGAAAUUGAAGAUUUGAAUCAAAGAUGGGUGUGUGAUGAUAGAGACUCAGACAUGAUAACAUCGGAAAAGUCACAAGCACAGAAUUACUUCUCUAGGUUCAUACAGAGCCCUUCAAUCCCAUUUAUUUCAAGUUCUGUCAAAAUAACUGAGUUAGGACCCCUUCAGGGUUCUGGAAUGCCGGAGGUAUCAAGAGCCUUGGUGAAGAACUUUGCUGUUGGUAUUUUACCCUCUACAGAGUCCUAUACAGACACUAUUAUGUUCCGUUCAUCAGCCCUUCCCUUGAUUACUACCCUCAGAGUUUCAGGCAGGAUUAGGGUCUCAAAGAAAUUCUAUCCGAUCUUUCCUGGGAGACAACAGAAUGUCUGGGAAAGUCAUGUCUGUAGGCAGCGACUCCCUAGGAAAUAUCUCUCCAAUAUGCUGAUGCUGGGAAAUAUUCAGGGAACUACUAUGGAAAGGAAGAUUUCUUCGGAGCCAUUUUUAACAGAAGGAGUCACGAUGGAUAUCUGUCAAUUUAUUCAGAAUUUAUUUGGGGUUCCAGCUGAACUGAUGGCAUUUUCCCAGAGCCUACUAGAGAUGGGUCCUAGGACGAUUUCACAGACCUCAGUGGUCAAAAACUAUAUUCAGAGACUUAUUUUAUGACAUGGUCACAAGAAAAGUAUGCCCUUAAAGAUGUGGACACAUGGAUCCACAUCUUCCAUAAUACAAUAAUCCUCUGGUACUAGAUCAGGAAUAAAAAAAAAAACAACCUCAGAAAUCAGUGAUAUAUCCCAGGAAGUCACUCAACACCUGUCUGCUUCAUGUACAAGGCCCCAGUUUCCUUCCUUAAUGAAGCCAGAGUCUUCUCUCAAGGUACUUUACAAUAGGGAAGACCCUGUUUCCAAGGAUCAGAGAGAAAACUCACAGCGUGAUUCACUGACAAGGACUUUUGUCUCUCACCACUUGCUCAAGGCAAGUUGUCUUUCCCACGCCAGGAUGGAUAUCUCAGAACAGCUCCACCUGCUAAAAGGUCUACAGCUAAAAAUAGCAUCAAAACUCUUAAGAUGUCAAGUACCCCACAAUAUCCCUCCACGUUUCUCAUCAGGUCUCAUCCUGAAUUAUCCCAACUGCCUGCAGUGUGGCCGAUGUUCAGGAUUUAAUUGCUGACAUAAGUUACAGUCUGCUUUUGGUCCAUAUCUUCUUGUGUACACAUAGCUCCACCUUUUAAACAUUCCUGAUGGCCAGGGUGAGAUGUGGUGGCAUCUUGGUUUUAGAUUGAGAACUGGGAAAAGACCUCAAGUCUCUAAGCAUUGUGGAAGAAAAAGAGCAGAUACAUGGAAGAGCACUACAUUACCAUCACAAAGGAAAUCUAAAAUCUUUCCUCCAGCUUCCAAGAGUCCAACUACUCCAAAAGAUUUCCAGUCUCGAUCUUAAGUACUAGUGCACAUUAGAAAAAAGCAAUGGGGCAGCCAUGGUGUGGUCAGCAAGACAGAUGCCAAAGAUUCUGAACACCAUGAAUUAUGUCAGCUUCACUCUGUAUCCGAGAGUGGCUUUGAAAGUAAUCAGGAUGAAAUGGUGAAAUCAAGGCUCAAAAAGACCUUUGGUUUAAAAUAUCCAAUGAAGAAAACCAUUAAGGAACUUAAAACACAAAACACAAAGGUCUACAAAAAUAGUAGAACCCCAGAAGAGAGUCCUUUUAGAAUGAUGUGUCCAACAAGAAGCAAGAGUAUUGAAACCACUCAAACAAGCACUGUUUCUUCAAAGAGACAACCUAAGAAAUCCUCCCAGCCCAAGUUCAUCCAGCUGCUUUUCCAGUGCCUAAGGCAGGCAUUCCAAAUGGCACAUAGAAUUGUAGCUUUUACUGGACAGAAGCCUGAGGAUAGGACAAGGCCCAGGCACUUUGUAGUCAUGCAAAUACUUACCUUUGCAAUUGGAGAAACAGAUGACACUGUCCAAGUUACUUCAAUCUUCCAACCUUUGAGUAUAGUUCAAAAUGUCAACAGCAGAGCAAAGAAAAACCACAGUGAUGACAUCUCCUGUCCAGAGUCUUAA